AGCAUGGCGGGCGCUUGCGGAAGGCGUUCGCGAGCUGGGCAGUCACCGCCGUAUGGGACCGCCGGCGGGGUGCCGCUAACCCACCAGUUGCCGCUGUCGAGGUCCCAGAACUCGGCGAGCUUGUCGAACUGGCUAGUAACCGGAGCUUGAUAGAUAUUCGGGAUCGGAAAUCAGCAAAUAUUCACAUUACCUGGCCAGAAAAUCAUGAACGCCGGGCCGCAGCACUGGUCUACAGAGCAAGCUGGACAGCAGGGGCACGACGGUCCCAGUAGCUGGGAGGACGUAGCACUUCAGUCGUUCUCGUCAGCCAGACAGCUUACACGAUACUGGGUGGUCGACGCUCCGAUACCGCACCAAGACAGGCUCGAGAAGGCGCCCAAGCCGGUACCCGCAGUAGAGCCAGGCCCAGGUCCGAAAUGGGAGGCCGAUAUAGAGGCCGAUCUAGUAGCGUACGAGGCUCAGAUCGCUACCGAGGACGCCGAGCGGGCCCGGAAGGUCGACUACGAGCCCGGCGUCGACUUUGAGUCGCCAUGGGUCCGCCAGAUGGGCUGGGCCGCGCAUCUGGCCGGCAAGGACAUGGCGGAACUACGGCGCGCCGCCCAGCCAGGUUUAUCGACGAAGGAGCUAGCUAAGCUAAGCCAGGCGGUACGGAAGGAGAGAGAGGCUUCGGAAUCGGCGCUGGUACGGCUAGGCCAGAGCUUCGACCGGGAGAUCGACCGGUGCAGAGCUUCGACCUUCAACGCCCAGCAGUGGGGAGCUCUCGAGGCCAUCGCAAAGGCGCUCGAAUGCAGGCAGGAGAGCAGCUCCCGGGUAGGGGGCGAGGACGACGAGAACGACGACGACAAAUAUCUAGACGAAGCUGUCGCGAGCCAGGAAUCCGCCGGCAGAACGGCCAAGGGGGCGCGACUAACCAAAACCACGAGGGACAUCCCGGCCACGACCUCCUCCUCAUCCCGCCGCGCAGGUCGCAGGCCCAUCAUCAACGAGGCACCACACACCAAGCUCGACGUCUUCGUCUUCGGGGAGGGCGUCCUUCGGCGAGCUGGGCCUCGGCAGCGCCAAGGAAUCAACGACAACAAGGCCCUCGCGCGGGACACGACCUGGUCUAGAGGCACGGGCAAUAUCGACGAGGAGGACGACGAGGCAGGCGGUAGCGAGGACUAUAAGAACAUCAACCCCAGGGAGAGCACGCCGGGGGAGAUCGAUUACAGCGUAAUUCCCAAGGACUCAAUCUUCACGCAGGUAGACGCCACGGAUUCUGCCUCCUUCGCGGUCACCGACGAAGGCGACGUAUACGGCUGGGGCACGUUCCGCGGCGCCGAUGGCGUGAUCGGGUUCAGUCCCUCGGUCGACACGCAGCCGACACCUGCUCUCAUCCCCGUCAGACGCAUCAAGAAGCUGUCCUGCAGUGCGAAUCACGUCCUCGCUCUCGACGAGGCUGGCAAGACAGGCCACUUUGGCAACGGCAGCGACCACGCGACGAUCCCGGUCCCCACGAGAGUCGAGACACUCGCGGACUACCGCGGCCGAGUCGACGGCCACCAAGUCGGUAUAUCCGGAGCAGCGUUAAACAAGGAGAACACGAUCUACAACAAGCGCGCGCAGCCGCAGAUUCUUUUCAGGCCUACCAUAAUCAAAGACAUCGCCACGACCUUUAUCGCCGUUAGCACAGACACGAGUUUCGCCAUUGGCAAGCAGGGCUAUGUCUUCUCGUAGGGUUUCUCCACCAACUAUCAGACUGGUCUUGGCACCGACAAAGAUAUACAAGAGCCCGAGCGUAUCGAGAACACCGCGAUACAGGACCGCACGAUCGUCUGGGCUAGGGCUGGGGACCAGUACUCCAUGGUUGCUGCUGUGCGAGGAGACCCGAGCGAUAAAUGCUCGUGAAGCAGGGACAGUCCCAUGUGAAAUAAAUGAUGGCUCGGCUUGGACGGAUGCUGCUGGUUGAGUGUUAUAGGCUCAGGUUGCGACAUCAGUGAACGCUGUAUAGCUUGAAGGUCAAAGAGACAACUCUCAAGAGCCC